AUGAUAUUCUUUCCAGAAUCAUCGGAGUUCAUUGCUAAUAAUACUGAAGAAACUUUAUCUCUAACAUCAUCCAUAGAAAGUUCACAAUUUGUUGAAGGAAUUAAGAACUCUGCUAAAAAUAAUAAUGUUUGGGUUUCUAUUGGAGUUCACGAAAGU